UGAGUGCGCGUAAUGACGUCAUUGGUCGUGCGUGCUGCGGUUGGAAGAAGCUCCGCCCACUUGGCUACUUCCCCCGCACAGGUGAAUGGACGCUAUUUAAUGAAUGAGCACAAGUCACUUUUCAAGCACUAGUAGCCACUUCUUUGUCUAGUAUAUUUUCUAAAAAGGAAAAACAACAACAUGGUUUCAAAACUGGAAGACGCAAUGGAAGGCCUGAUUAAAGUGUUCCACACAUACUCUUCCAAAGAAGGAGACAAGUACAAGCUAAGCAAAGCCGAGCUCAAGAGUUUGCUUCAGGGAGAACUCAGUGACUUUUUAGCAGCGAGUAAAGACCCCAUGGUUGUGGAAAAGAUCAUGUCUGAUUUGGAUGAGAACCGUGAUGGAGAAGUGGACUUUCAGGAGUUUGUUGUGCUGGUGGCUGCUCUCACAGUGGCAUGUAAUGAAUUCUUUGUAGAGAACAUGAUGAAUUGAUGUUUUUCCAUGUCUCUCUUCAGCUGUGUGACAUUUUUAUAAAUGUUAUUUACCAGAAAUAAAGACUUUAGUGAUGUGCAGACAAUGUGUGUGUGUGUGGAAGUGAACUGUCAAGUGUGCACAAGAUGCAAUGUUUUGUUUGGAGCCAGU